UUUCACAAUUUUAUUAAAGAUAUAUUAAUUUAACGGUUUCAACAACGGAUGAACUUGGUCAACAAAAUUUCAUGCGUGGAACUGCUUUGUACCAAAUGCAAUGGCGUAAAAAUUAUUUGGAUGCGUUACGAACAUUCGUUCGUAUGUGAUAUUUUUCAUCUGGUCAAAUACCUUGAAUAGAAUAUUGACAGAUAACGUUUGUCCUGUAUUAUGGGAGCAACAUUUUUCUUAAAUUUGUUGACAAAAAUAUACGGAAAAUCAUCUUCCGUUCGUUUAAGUAUUGUUGAUUAUUGGUUAAAGUUAAAAAUUAAUAGCCAUUCUGUACGACUGCGAUAGUGAUUGGCAAAAAUGAAACUGAAUGAGCUCGUUUAUUGGUAUCAAAAGAAAAUUGGUACUUAUGAUAAACAGCAAUGGGAAAAAACUGUGGAACAACAUAUUCUUGGAGGAUUUACCCAUGUUCCAAUGAGAACUGCAAAACUGAAAACAGAAUUUAUUGAUGUAGAUCUUGUACGAGGCUCUUCUUUCCCAAAAGCAAAGCCAAAGCAUGGGUUGUCAACAGUAGCUUGCUUAGCACUUCAACGCUUAUUAUUGCUUCCUUUAUACAGAAAAUGGUGGAUACAACAAACUAGUUUACAAAUUUUUAUUUUAUUUCUAUUAUUAUAUAGCUUGCAGUUGAUCAAUAUGUGCAUAUAUUUCUGUAAUAUGUCUAAGGAUAAUGAAAGUGAUGUUGUAACAACAUCAGAAGUAUUAAUACCUGCUAUUAUGAUGUUGACAUUAUGUAUUGUUCAUUCUCAUAUUGUGUCAACUCAUUCAGGUCCAACAAUAGUUGAUGGACAAAGCAAACAAAGAGUAGUUAGGCGUUCGCGACACACUAGAUGUCGAAUGGGAAAAUCCAGGACAAGACAAAACUUACGUUUACACGAAGAUUCUAAAUCAUCUCAAGAUACAGCUUCUGAAAAAGCUAGUACAGUAAGUGGUGAAGUAUUAACAUCUGUAAGAUUUGCUAAAAAAGUUGUAAUUGAAAAUUCAUUGACUGUUAGUCGGUCGCAGGAAGUUGUGACUGCUCAAGUAUCCUGUGAUAAUGAGUCAAUCAAUGCUGUUGUGAACAAUCCUCUUCCUAUAAAUGAAGCUUCAGCUAGUCAUACUGAAUCAAAUGAUGUUCCAGAUCAAAAUAUGAAAAACGUACAUCAAGAUGAUGAUGGUUUUGAAAGCUUAAAUGGAAAUGUAUCAAGUGAUAAUGAUAAAAGUGCUGCACAAACUACAGUAGAGAAAUUUAAGCAAAAAAGAGAUGCAUUACUUAAAACUAAUGAAGACCACGUUCCUUGGUCGGAAGAUUCUACCAAUCAACCAGCUUUACUGCAACCGAAAUUUUCAGCACCUGAAUUAUUAAAGACAGAAAAUAAUUCUUCGAAUAGUGAGGCAGAAGCUUCUAAUAAAGUAUUACCUCUAAAGGAUAAAGAUCAUUGUGUCAUGGGAAUAGGAUCAAGAGAAGGCCGCCAACAAUGUGAAAGCGAAGAAGAAGGAGAGUGCGAGGAAACAGUUACGAAUCAUUUAACAGAAGCGACUACAUCUGCUACUGAAUGGAUGGGAGUAACUACCAACAGUGAUGAUUGUAGUUACAGUUCAGAACUUGAAGAAUCCGAUUUGCAUAAUGAGAGUAACAAAAAUUACGGAGAAUUUGGGGAGCAUCCAUUUUCUUGGGAAUUUGGAUUACCGCCCUCUAUAAUGCUUAGUUCGAAUUGUGCUGCAUACGACCGUGUUUCAUGUACUAUAUGGACACGUCGUGAUAUAAAGAAGGCUGAAUUAUCGGUACUGGAUAUUAGUUCAGCUAUUAUUGCUAGAGUAGAGUCAAUGCCUGAAAGUAUGAAUUAUUUUUAUGGAGGCCUAAUGCUUAGUGUAGUAUUAUCAUUAAUACCAUCUCUUAAACGACUAAGUGAUCUUGUUGGAAUGGAUAAUAAUAGUAAUGUAACUAGUUCCUUAAUACCAAAUGAUUUGACUUAUGUCAAUUUUGAGACGUAUAGCGAUAUUUUAUCAAAAAUUAUAGAUUUGGCAUUUGGGACAACUCUUUGGGAACGCAUGGUAGUGCUUAUAUCAGCAUUUCAGAGACUUAUAUUGUCGUCUUUAUUAUUUUUUUUAUUAGCAGUUGCUGAACGUACUUAUAAACAAAGACUCUUAUAUGCUAAAUUGUUUUCACAUUUAACAUCAUCAAGACGUGCAAGAAAAUCUGACUUACCACAUUUUCGACUAAAUAAAGUACGCAAUAUAAAGUUGUGGUUAAGUGUUAGAUCUUAUUUAAAGAGAAGAGGCCCGCAACGUUCCGUGGACGUAAUAGUAUCAGCAGUAUUUAUUGUUACCUUAUUAUUGUUGUCAUUCGUGAGCUUGGAAUUAAUUAAGGACCUUGAAAGUUUGCAUUCCCGAUAUAAUGUUGAAGCACUCUUUUGGAGCUUUUCUCUUGGAAUAUUUAUACUGCGUUUCAUGACGCUGGGUACGAAAAUUAAUAAGAAAUAUAGAAAUCUUUCUGUUUUAAUAACCGAACAGAUUAAUUUAUAUCUACAAAUUGAGCAAAAACCACAUAAAAAAGAGGAGCUUAUGGUAGCAAAUAAUGUACUCAAAUUAGCAGCAGAUUUGAUAAAGGAACUUGAGUGUCCGUUUAAAAUAUCUGGAUUAUCAGCUAAUCCCUAUUUAUACACAAUUACGAAAGUAGUAUUAUUAUCUGCCCUUUCAGGGGUGCUUUCAGAAUUACUUGGAUUUAAGCUCAAGUUGCAUAAGAUAAAAAUCAAAUAAAAAAUGGUGAUACUAUAU